UUUCGAUACGUGUCUGUCAUUUUCAGAACGAAUUGUCAAAGUUUCGUGAAUAAUAACAAAUUAAACAAUGAAAACUAUUUAAAUAAUUUCAAAUGCACACAAUAUACAUUUGAAUAUAUUGCAAAUCGAACGUAGAGAGUGUAACAAAAAUUUGGUUGUGACAAUUUAGCGUACAGCCACUGACAAACUUCUAUGUUAAAAUAAAAAAAUUGUGUUGUCCUGCUGAAAAAACAGCGGUACAAAAAAGAUUCGCGUACAUUUCAGCUCGCACCACUCAAUUUCUGGGACAUGUUUGAUAAAUAGCCAAAAACCGCCAAGUCUUCAUCUAAAUCUAAACACAAUGGGCUUUUUAGAGGAUUCAAUUAUAAUUUUAGUAUCUCAGAUUUGUUUCUUCACCGGUGGCUGGAUUUUUUUUGUGAAACAAUUAUUUCGAGACUAUGAAGUCCGACAUGUAUCGGUUCAGUUGAUAUUUUCAUCAACAUUUGCAUUGUCUCUGACAAUGUUUGAAUUGAUAAUUUUUGAAAUUAUCGGCUUAUUAGAAUCAAGCUCUAGAUAUUUCCAUUGGCGUUUAGAAUUAACGUUAUUACUGUUUAUGGUAAUUGCUUUGAUUCCUUUUUAUAUAGCUUACUCCAGCAUUAGUAACAUAUGUUUCGUACCACCAAAAUGGAUUGUUCCAUUAACAUUGAGCGUCUGGAUUUUGUUCUUGUAUGGAUUUUGGCGGAUUGGUGAUCCAUUUCCGUUGCUAAGCGUAUCACAUGGGGUUUUCACAAUUGAACAGGCAGUGUCACGAAUUGGAGUUAUUGGCGUAACAGUCAUGGCAAUUUUGUCUGGUUUUGGUGCUGUAAAUUAUCCGUACACGAGCAUGACAUAUUUCAUACGGCCGGUUUCACAAGCGGACGUAUUAACUCUUGAAAGACGGCUAUUGCUAACAAUGGAUAUGAUUUUAGCAAAAAAAAAGCGAAUCGCAAUCGAUCGAAAGCAAAAUAAAACUCAUCCAACCAGACAAGGUAUCUGGGGAAUGCUCAGUAGCGUUACUCAGCUAUCUUCAGGGACAGAAAAUAUAGGACAGCUUCGUUUGGAAAUUAGUGCCUUAGAGGAACUAUCUCGACAGUUAUUUCUUGAAGUUCAUGCAUUGAGAAAUAUGCAGGAACGGCAACGAUGGGCGCGCACAUUGCAAGGCAAAUAUUUUAACGUACUUGGACACUUUUUCAGUCUGUAUUGUCUUUGGAAGAUUUUCAUUUGUACGAUAAAUAUAAUAUUCGAUCGAGUGGGCAAAAAAGAUCCCGUAACGCGUGGUAUAGAAAUUGCUGUACAUUGGUGCGGCUUGGAAAUGGAUAUCGCAUUUUGGAGUCAACAUGUAUCAUUUUUUCUGGUGGGUUGCAUAGUUGUUACAUCAAUACGAGGUCUUCUUCUCACUCUAACCAAGUUCUUCUAUAAAAUAUCAUCAAGCAAAUCAUCGAAUAUAAUUGUAUUGGUAUUGGCCCAAAUAAUGGGCAUGUACUGUGCAGCUUCAGUUCUUCUGAUGAGAAUGAACAUGCCACCCGAAUAUCGUGUCAUUAUCACUGAAGUACUUGGAGGCCUUCAUUUUAACUUCUAUCAUCGCUGGUUUGAUGUGAUAUUUCUCGUUAGCGCCUUGUCAACCAUUGGAAUAUUAUAUUUGUUGCACAAACCACAGAAUAAUGAUAAUGAAACUAUCUUGAGUAAAUAAUGAACUGGCAAAAUGUACGAUGACAGGAUACGAAGUUUUCAUCAAAAUUAUUAAUUUAAAUCGAAAUCACCGAAACCUUUAAAUAUGAAGCGAAUACUGUAAUAAAUCAUAAGGAUAAUUAAUGGAUAAAUAAUAUAUUACACAUAUUAUGAUAA